CGAAUAAACCAUUAAGCAAUCAUCGUGACUAAACUUUGGCAGAGGUAAGUCUGAGCUUGAAGGAGCACUGAAGGCAGCAGCCGUUAACCGCCCCCACUGCUGCCGAACAGGAGCUGUGAAGAAGCAGCCGGAGAGCGACAGACUGUGGGCUAAAGUUUGUCCGCCCUGGCUUCCCAUCACAGGUCGACGGGGCUUUGUUUCAUUGAUGAACAACAACCGUCGGGGUCGCUCUAAAAAUUCACAGCACAGUACAGGCGUUAGAAACCGUCAAGCACGUUCCUGACCUUUUGGGUAAUUUGUGGAGACAGCAAAAAGAGAGGAAGGGAGAGUGGAGGGAGAGGGAAAGUGCGACUCAGCAGCGGACGACUCCAAAGUUGACACCUCGCUGUCAUGUUUGGUACUUGUUGAAUAGGCUGUUGUGUGCAUACACAACACUGGAUAACUGAGCCUGUGUGGGCAGCGUGCUGUGGGAACAGGGUCUUCAGUAUCACCAUGAGGCAGUGACAGCACUGGGACAGUGAUGGCAGAGCUGGAGAUUGACCAGUCCAACCUUCCACGUGUCCAGGAAGUGUGCCAGUGUUUUGCUGUGCUGGAGGAUGGAGCGUUGGCACACCAUCUGCAGGAGCAGGAGAUUGAGCAAUUCUAUACCACCAACAUCCAGAAGAACCAGCUGGUGCAGAAUGACAUCCGUAUAGCCAAGAGGAUGCAGGAUGAGGAAGAGGAGGAACAGGCCCAGCAGAGUGCCCUCCUCAGACAGGCCUCCAGACAACUUGAGGAGCAGGACUUUGAGUUUGCCCGUGUAAUUCAGGAGGAGAUCCAGCGUUGUGCUGAGGAAGCCCAAAGGAGGGAGAGGGACGAUGAGGAAAUUGCUAAACAAAUGCAGGAAGAGGAGGAGCAGAGGACCAGAAGGAGGAGCAGAGGCCAGGAGGGUCGUAGUGAAGGCAGCGCUAGCAGUCCUGCACCGCCAUCCCCAAACCAGCACACACUCAGCAGCCUUCAACAAGGAGAGGAGCAGUACUCAUCUACCGCCACCAGGUGGCAACGUUCUACCUCUCGCAACCAUUCAAACCAUUCAUCUGGGCCUCAGGCUGACUCCCCAAGAGGGGUUGCAGCUCAGAAAAACACAACUUCAUGGUCAAAUGAAGGACACACAUAUUCCAUUAGGCAAAUCAGGAGUGAAUUAACAGAGUCUUUGAGUGAGGAUUCAGAGGACUUGGACACAGUUUUCUCUGAACAGCUCUCUGUCAGGUCCCAGAGACUGAAUAAAAAACACAACACGGCACCUCCUCGACGGCGAGCAUCUUUACAUCAGCCACAAGAGAGAAACUACAGAAGUCUUUGCACUCACAGCAGCUUCACAGAGGAGCAUCGAGACCGGGAGGAGGAGAGGGGAGAGUGGGAUGAGGACUAUUAUGAAAAUGGUUACCUAGAGAAGAGGAGGCCUAGGGAUCGGAAGCAGGAAAGGAAUCAUAGAGAGGAGUAUGAGGGCUGGUACAGGAGCAGCGAUCAGGAUAGAGACUCUAGGUUAUUAGAGGUAAGAGAAAGGCGAUGUAGUCGCAGUGAAUCUGUUAGGCUACCUGACAGGAGUAGACACAGCAGCAGAGACUUAGCAAGGACCUGGACUUAUAAGGACAACCCUGACAAACAUGUUCGCUUUCAGGACAAUACCCUGAGCUCUAACAGGCACCAGGGUGAAAGCAGCCAAGUUUGGGAGAUGCUAGGCCAGGUCCUCAGAGAGAGGGGUGUGCCAGUGAGGUUUGGCGGCAAUGGGGCACCACUGCAAAUAAGGCCUCAAAGCAGAGACAGCCAAGCACUUCACGGGAGUGAGGUCUCCCACGGCGAUUCCCAACCACAUCAGAGAGUCUUCCAGAGAGCUGCCACCACCAGGCACAGUUUCCAUGGAGAUAUUAGGGAGAGGAGGAGAUUGUCAUACCGAGAGAACAGUUUGAGAGAUCAUAGAGAAGACCGAGACAGGCAGCGAGAUGAUAAGGGUCAUGAUGAAGAGGUUUAUGAAAUUAGUAGUAGAAACUCAUAUCUGACUCACAGAGAAAGGGGAGGCAGUAGGAGGUGGGAAGAGCACAGGUAUACUAAUGAUGACGAGAGGGAGAGGAAUGCAAAUGAUUGCAGGGUCAAGAGGACAACAAGCGAAUGCAGGCAUUGGCACAUGGCCAUAGAAGAAAGGUUAAGCUCAGAGGAGGAGCAGGAGGUGGAGAGGAGAGUAGAGCGGCCCCAUCGCAGAGCCUCACAGCGUAGCCAAAGCCUCAGCAGCCGCAGGGAUUCAACCAGGGAUAGGUCAAGGCACCAGGCAGCAGGAGUGUCACCGCAGCCACAGCCAGGCGAGGCGAGCCUGAAUCUGGGGGAGCUGCAGCAGGUCCUACAGGAUGAAGAACUGGCCCGCAAGCUGCAGGAGGAAGAGGAAAAGGUUUUGAGGAGGAACUCCCAGCCCUCUCCACGUACUUCUUACCCCAAUGGAGACUUCAGAGUAGCACAAGUGGCGCAGGAUGAGGAAAUUGCACGUUUUAUGCAGAAGCAAGAAAUUAAGUCAAAGCGAAGAUCUCGUGAGUUAGAAGGGCCAGCAUCGUGGCGCGAGCACAGAGCGAUGAUCAAUCAUCAUGACAGAAGAGCUGCAAGAGAGAGACAGCGAGAGAGACUUGACUCAGAGGGCCUUCCUUCCCCGACUGAGGACUGCUUCCCAGAAAAUCAGCCACCCAGCCCGACCUCCACAAUACUACAAUCCCAGCAGAUCAGAAACAUUGCGGAGGAGCUGGAUCCGACCUUCCAGGCCAGGAGGCAAGGCACAGAGAACAUUCAAGUGGGACAAACAGGCCCAACCUGUCAGUCUCUUCCCAUGCCGCAUUCUGGCUUAAAUGACUUCCUAGAAGAGCCUACUUUCAUACCGCCCACAAAACGUCAAACGGAUAAAACGGGACGCACUAAACCCAAAGAGAAGAAGGAAAAUUGCAAGCAACAAUAAUCUUCAACACGGUGUCCUGUCAGAGUGCAGACAUAAACAUUUUAUAACACUAAAUAUCAGUUCAGCUACAGAGUUCUCAUAACUUAGUACUUACAGGUUGAAAAUGACAAGAAUUAAUGUCUUUCUGCCAGCCGCCCCUACUAGCACUUUAGACCAGUGGAACAAAGAGAAAAGAUAGAGAGAAGUUGCGUUUUAGAGUACUUCUUCAUCAGGUGAAUAAUUGCAACACUUUGGACUGAUGCCUUUAUUACUUUCAAAGGGAAUUCUGUGAUUUAUUGAAGUAUUGUUUGAAUUCUUCAGUGUUGAUGAGUGUUUAAUUUAAACAGUAUACCUUUUUAUUAUAUUUGUAACAUUUAUUUGUCUUUUAUUUAGUUAAGCAGUAUACUGUCAGCAUCCAAAAUGUCAUGUUUGUCCAUAUUUGUUUAAAAACCUGCCAGAA